CCCUGGGUUUAGUUGAGAAUUUUUUUCAAAAAAAUGAGAAACCCCAGAAAAAAAAUGACUUUCUUUCAUAAAGCUCCAAACAGGUUUCUCCCCAUCCCCCAGCCUUGCCUUCACUAUGCAGGCCCCAUUGCACCCUUGCAAACAACAGCCAGGCCUGAACCCUAUUGAUGCAACCUUGCCCAGUCAAGAUGGGGCUUCAGUGCGUCACCAGGAGGCCCUGAGGGACUGAUGGAAUAAAUAUGAUGGGGGGCUCUGAGGGAAAGAGAGCCUAGAGGGUACACUUCCCAACCCCCAGGAAAGUGGCUGUGCCCAGAGGCUGGCAGUGCCCAGGGGUGGGGUGAUAAUUAUUUCUGGAGUACCUGAAGGACUCUUGUCCCCAAAGGCAUGAAUUCCUAGCAUUCCCUGUGACAAGACUGAAAGAUGGGGGCUGGAGAGAGGGUGUAGGCCCCACCUAGGGCGGUGGCCACAGCAGGCAGAAGGGCAGACAGAGCCAGGAGCCUGGAAAGAAGCAGGAUGGCAGCAGGAGCAGCAGUUGGAGCCUGGGUGCUGGUCCUCAGUCUGUGGGGAGCAGUAGUAGGUGCUCAAAACGUCACAGCCCGGAUCGGUGAGCCACUGGUGCUGAAGUGUAAGGGGGCCCCCAAGAAACCACCCCAGCAGCUGGAAUGGAAACUGAACACAGGCCGGACAGAAGCUUGGAAGGUCCUGUCUCCCCAGGGAGGCCCCUGGGAUAGUGUGGCUCGUGUCCUUCCCAAUGGCUCCCUCUUCCUUCCAGCUGUUGGGAUUCGGGAUGAGGGGAUUUUCCGGUGCCGGGCAAUGAACAGGAAUGGAAAGGAGACCAAGUCCAACUACCGAGUCCGUGUCUACCAGAUUCCUGGGAAGCCAGAAAUUAUAGAUCCUGCCUCUGAACUUACGGCUGGUGUUCCCAAUAAGGUGGGGACAUGUGUGUCAGAGGGAAGCUACCCUGCAGGGACUCUUAGCUGGCACUUGGAUGGGAAAUCCCUGGUGCCUAAUGAGAAGGGAGUAUCUGUGAAGGAACAGACCAGGAAACACCCUGAGACAGGGCUCUUCACACUGCAGUCAGAGCUAAUGGUGACCCCAGCCCGGGGAGGAGCUGCCCAUCUCACCUUCUCCUGUAGCUUCAGCCCAGGCCUUCCCCGACGCCGGGCCUUGCACACAGCCCCCAUCCAGCCUCGUGUCUGGGAGCCUGUGCCUCCAGAGGAGAUCCAAUUGGUGGUGGAGCCAGAAGGUGGUGCGGUAGCUCCUGGCAGGACCGUAACCCUGACCUGUGAUGUCCCUGCCCAGACCUAUCCUCAAAUCCAAUGGAUGAAGGACGGUGUGCCCUUGUCCCUUCCCUCCAGCCCUGUGCUGAUCCUCCCCGAGAUGGGGCCUCAGGACCAGGGAACCUACAGCUGUGUGGCCACACAUCCCAGCCACGGGUCCCAGGAAAGCCGUGCUGUCAGCAUCAGCAUCAUCGAACCAGGCGAGGAGGGGCCAACUGCAGGCUCUGUGGGAGGAUCAGGGCUGGGAACUCUAGCCCUGGUCCUGGGGAUCCUGGGAGGCCUGGUGACAGCCGCCCUGCUCAUUGGGGUCAUCUUGUGGCAAAGGCGGAGACACCGAGGAGAAGAGAGCACUCCCCCCAAUCUUCCUCCUCAGGAAGGCCGCAGAAAACCAGGAAGAAGAGGAGGAGCAUGCAGAGCUAAAUCAGUCGGAGGAACCUGAAGCAGGCGAGAGUGGUACUGGAGGGCCUUGAGGGGCCCACUGACAGAUCCCAUCCAUCAGCUCCCUUUUCUUUUUCCCUGGAAUCGUUCUGGCCCCAGACCAAGUCUCCUGUAUUAUCUCUCCUGUAUAACCCCACCUUGCCAAACUUUCUUCUACAACCAGAGCCCCCCACAAUGAUGAAUAAACACCUGACACAUCUUGCC